CCGAGCGUAGUGAAAAGAUCUAAAACACAAGCCUUUUUUUAAAAGCGCAACCGUAAAACUCUAAUCCGCAACAAUGAAGUGCAUGAUCGUUCUCGCUGCCCUGAUCGCCGUCGCGGCUUGCGCCCCACAGGGUGACAUCGAGCUGCGCAACCUGGACAUCGACCACGCCGGACUUGUGGACGGAUCGUACAGCUUCAGCUACGAUCAGUCGGAUGACCACAAGCGCGAGGAAUCGGCCGUACUAAAGACGGUGAAGAACUUCGACAACGAGGACGUACCGGCUUUGGCCAUCACCGGACAGUACGAGUUCACCGAUCCGGACGGCAAGCGUUACAUCGUCAAGUACACCGCCGAUGAGAACGGUUUCAACCCGACCAUCACCGAGGCCUAAGCCGGGUGACUCGCCAUCGCACAAAAUGUCCUUUCCCACUGCCAGAGGAAGACCGUUCGCCAAUCUUACGGGGGGUGCCAGUGGUUUGCCUUUUCCAUUGCGCACCGGAGAACGUUAAACAAACA